AUGCCCGCCUGGCGCCAGCUGCUACGCUACACAGACUUCCUCGUCCUGGUGGGCACCCCCCUCGCCCUCCUGCCGCUCCCGCUGCUCAUUCCCACCUCGGAGGUUGAGUGUGGCUUCAUUAUCAUUCUCAUGGCUGUGUAUUGGUGCACAGAGGUGAUCCCUUCGGCAGUCACAGCGCUGUUGCCUGCUGUCUUGUUCCCUUUGUUCGGUAUCGUGGAGUCCCAAAAGGUGUGCAUUCAGUACCUGAAGGAUGCCAACAUGCUUUUUAUCGGGGACCUGAUUGUGGCUGCAGCUGUGGAGCACUGGAACCUUCACAAACGGAUUGCGCUGAAGGUGCUGCUGACUGUCGGCGUGAAACCUGCGCGCAACACAGUCACCACUUCCAUGAUGGUCCCCAUUGUCCAGGCAAUCUUAGACCAGAUGGACAGCUCUGAAGAGGGCACACUAUUUACAGCGUCCGUUAUGAGCGUUGAUCAGGGAAUAGCAGCCAGUGAGCAGGACCACUUAAAGAAGCGGCUCAGCAAGGGGAUGACACUUUGUAUAUGCUAUGCUGCAACCAUUGGUGGGACAGCAACUCUGACGGGAACAGGAACAAACGUGGUUCUGAAAGGCCAGAUAGACCAAUUGUUUCCUGACAAUAAAGACAUCCUGAACUUUGCCAGCUGGUUUGCAUUUGCUUUUCCCAACAUGCUCCUGAUGUUGCUAUUGGCCUGGCUUUGGCUCCAGUUUUCCUUCGUGGGCUUCCAUUUCAAGAAGACACCAGACUCCAAAACUGAAAAGAGCAAGAAGGAGGCGGUUAUUUUCAACUUGCUGAAAAGGGAGUACCUCAAGUUAGGCCCCGUCUCCUUUGCAGAGUUCAACGUGCUUAUGCUUUUCAUACUACUGAUCCUCCUCUGGCUUACAAGAGAUCCUGGCUUCAUCCCAGGCUGGGCCUCUUUGCUCUUUGGGAAAAAGAAGAAGUAUGUGACGGAUGCCACAGCUGCCCUCUUUGUUUCUGUCCUGCUGUUUGUCAUACCAUCCUCCAAGCCCAGAUGUGGUACCAGCAGUGAUCCGGAAGCUAUGAAGAGGCCAUUUUUUCCACCCCCAUUGCUGGAUUGGAAGAUGGUCCAGAAAGAUGUAUCCUGGAAUGUCAUACUGCUGAUUGGGGGAGGCUUCGCCCUGGCCCACGGGAGCGAAGCUUCAGGGCUGUUCAAGUGGCUGGGGGCACAGAUGGUCUCUCUGCAUACAGUCCCUCCUUGGGCCAUUGCCCUUAUCAUCUCUGUGGUGGUUGCUAUCUUCACAGAAUGCGCCAGCAACAUGUCCACAGCCACACUCUUCCUGCCUGUUUUUGCAUCUUUGUCACAGUCAAUUGAGAUCAACCCCCUCUAUGCCAUGAUCUCUUGCACGCUCAGUGCCUCCUUCGCUUUCAUGCUGCCGGUGGCCACCCCUCCAAAUGCAAUCGUAUUUUCAUACGGUCACCUCCGCAUCUUGGACAUGGCAAAAAAUGGAGCUGUGAUGAAUUUAAUUGGCAUCCUUUGUGCAUCUGUGGCCUUGAAUACCUGGGGCCGUUUCCUGUUCAACCUAGACGUGUUUCCACCGUGGGCAAGGGCAAACGUCACCUCGUCAGUGUAA